CAGACCAUUUGAAUAAGCCUAGUGACCUCCUCUUGUGAUCCUCCCCUCCUGCUGUCACAGUGAACCAACAAGUUGAAGAGAUCAAGAAUACAAUAGGCUCUCCAACCAGACCCAGUGCCCUCCCCGUCCCAUCCAGCCCACUAGAGGAGAAGUCGAGCCAAGAAGACGACGAGUUAAUUGAUCAGCUGUUGCAGGAGCCCACCCCCAACACGCCCCUUUACAUCAAGAGAAAAUUUUACGAGAUGGAAACGCCAGAUGUUGAUGACAAUGAAGGUGAGUCACAAAAAAGCUUUCCCCCAUCAACCCAUUCAACACAGGGCAAUCGGAAAUUUUAUCCAUUGAAACCCCAGCCGUAUGGGAACAACUCCACAUUUAUCACAUAUUAGUUUAAACAUUUUUUUUUAAAAAUCGAAUAACAAAUUUGUUUUGUAAUAUAUUUUUAUGAAAUAAAUUGAUUUGCAUUCAUAACUGGUCCAUUUAUGUGUCAUAUUACAUUAGUUCUCUCUUUUGUUGGGUAAAUUUUUAAAGAACUAUGACAAAGUACUUGAUUACUCAUGAUCAUGGCGCUACAAAAGUUAAUCUCCUAUCAAAAUAAUGAAUACUCCUUGUCUGAUCUAUAAUUCAAAAUUUGGAAGUUAUCCACCGUGGUCUCGUAUCUUGCGAGGCUCUCAUUUCAAUGGUGAGAUCUGUGCUAGCUACAUAUAACAUGAAAACAGCGUGUUUGAGUGGCCUUAUUUUGCUGUUACCACGGUUUGAAUGGGUUAAUUAGGCAAUUUCUACACAUGAAGUCAUACCAUUUUUAUAACAUUACCCUGAAAAUAACGAUAUGCUACUUUAUCUGACACACAGAUUUACGUAAUGGCAGUCGAAGCUCGAGCACCAGUGUUGAGGAUCUUCUCCGCGAUACCUUAUUGACGGCCAGAGACCGCAGUGAUGUCUCCUCUAGCAUCAGCAACACUUCAUUCUCCUCUUCGGGCUUCGAAAGGGACAGCGCUCUCGAUAACUCACAGUCUUCUCUCAACACCCUGAGGUCCUCGCCCCAGCUGAACAGUAGCCUUGACGACUCACACCGAUCGGACGACUGGCUGAGGGGCUCAGCCGACAAUCUCUUACAGGAGAGCGGCGAUUCCAGGAGGAGCUCAGUGGAUGAUCUUUUAGGGG